AUGCGUUUGGCAUCGAUGCCCAACUACGACUUUAACCCCAAUCUCCAUCUUAAGACUAUCGACCCUCCGGUGCAGAUUGGUGCCAAGUGGGCACAGUCAUACCCAUCCAGCUCUUCUCCCCUGGCAGGAGCCGAUGUGCUGCCUCACUUUCCUUUGCUAAAUUUAGCUCAGGGCGUCCCCGGUCACCCACCUACGGCGGCACUGCUCGAUCGCAUUCAGUAUGAAGCGCAGCCCGAAAAUGUCUCCUCACCAGCAGGUCACACACAUGGAUAUGGCCCCGUCUUCGGAGACCCCAAGCUUCGACAGGCAGUUGCAAGAGACAUCAACAGAGUCUACAGAACUCCAGGCAAAGGGGAGAAGAAUCAGGUCACAGAGGACAACGUCGGCAUCACUGCCGGCUGCAACCUUGCUUUCACUACUGUAGCUACCUCGAUUGCCGCACCGGGAGAUGCCCUUAUCGUUUGCGACCCGUGGUACUUUAACCAUCAGAUGACCUUGACUGCAUUUGGGAUUCAGAUCGCUACGGUGCCCACCAAGCCGCCGCACUACCUUCCCGACGUGCAGAUGAUCCGCGCUUUACUGCAUAGCGACCACCGAAGCCAUGUCAUCAAGGGCGUCGUGCUCGUAACGCCAAACAAUCCGACGGGAGCAAUCUAUCCACCGAGCCUCAUUCGCGAUAUUGCUGUUCUUUGCAAAAACCACGGAGUCGCUCUUAUCCUCGACGAAACGUAUCGAGACUUUCUUCUGGCUGGGAGUGACCUCGACGAAGCAUCUCAAUCCUCUUCGUCAGAGUCCUCCUCCUCCCCGAAGGUGUCACUCCCUUACAACUUUGCUCGUCCGCACAACCUGUUCGAGGACAAACUCGACGGCGUGGCAGAAACGAGCUGGGAUUCAGAAUGGGACUGGCGCGACACCGUCAUUCAGCUGUUUAGCUUUUCCAAGAGCUAUGCCAUCCCGGGUCAUCGCUUGGGAGGAUUCGUAGCACACCCUGCCUUCCUGCAGCACAAGGUAAAAGACGAUUCGGGCUCCGAGAAGCUCGCCUUUGGCCCUGCAGCCAAGGCGCUCGACAACUUCCAGGUGGCUCCCCCACGCACAGACACGCAACGGGCCGUCGCAUGGGCGAUCGAGGAUCCACAGCAACUCGAGUGGCGCAGUCAAGUGGCCAGCGAGCUCCGUGUGCGCAGGCGUGAAUUCGUUCAGGGACUAUCCAAGCCGGUCCCGCCCUUCCUCAACCACGAUGCAAGCGCGCUUGCCUCCUCCGCCUCUGUGGACCCGAGCCUGGCCAAAUCACCCAAGGAAUGGGGCUGGCACGUGGAAUCUGCGGGCGCCUACUAUGCAUUCUUGCGCCAUCCGUUUACUUCGACGCCCUCAGACAAGGUGGCUCAAGCGCUCGCCGAGCUCGUGGGUGUGGUCGUGCUGCCAGGUGCGUUCUUCAUGCCCAGCGGCGCAGACGCCUCUUCGGCCGAUUCGUCGGGCUCGAGAUUGCGCGUCUCGAUCGCCAAUGUUUCGACGGACAGGCUGGCUAAGCUGCCAGAGAGGCUUGCGAUCUUGAGCGAGCUCUGGGACAAGAAGGGUGCCGGUUGGGGAGUUCUUUAA